CAGUCAGGCACCAUUAUUCUGAAGGUGGUCCCUGCCUAGACAGAGAGAGAUAGCAAUGGUUUCCACAUCAUACUUCUAUUCCAUCUUCAGGGAUCCUCAGAAACCAGGUGCCACAUCCAAAAUCAUUGAUCCCUGCCAAGGGCAGCAACCCAGGGAACUUCACUGCAGUCAGGCACCAUUAUUCUGAAGGUGGUCCCUGCCUAGACAGAGAGAGAUAGCAAUGGUUUCCACAUCAUACUUCUAUUCCAUCUUCAGGGAUCCUCAGAAACCAGGUGCCACAUCCAAAAUAGCUUGCUCCAAGUCUCCCAUAUCCUGUGAACUAGAAAGAGCCUUCUGCCUGUGCUGGCAGGAAUCACUCUCCACACUAUCUCAAAGUCUUAGUUCACUUGGUGACUGGACAGCUAAAGGUAUCUCAGUACUGAAAGUGCUCAGGGAGUUUCAUCAGAUAGUGCCUGUGACUUCCUGCUGGCUCCUGAAGUAAGCAGUCCUUUCUCUCACUGUCUCUUACUAUGUAGAGACAAUGGGAGCUGUAUAGCACUGCCCCUGCCAAACAGAUGCUGGGUGAACAGCAGUUGAUCCUUCUACUUCUCUGUGUGCUGGGCACCAACAUUGACACCCAGUCAUACUUUGGUGAAACGCAAGUCCAGGGAAAGUGGUCUGCAAAUAGGCGUAUACGUGGUGUUCUUGGUCGGAAGUGGGAGCGGGUAACGUGUGCUCACAGGAGAAGGCAUCAGGGAAAAUUCAGGAACAGUUGGCCUUGAGCCAGGUCUGUUGGCUCACACGUUAGUCUAGCACCUAGAAAUUAGAAACUCUAUGAGUUCUAGACCAUCCUUAAACUACAGAAAGAUAUUUUCUCAAAUAAAAUAAAAAGUUGUGUAUGUGAGAGCACUGAGCUUUCUAGAUGGCCAAAGGAGUGUUUGCUGAGGGUUGGUGGGAAUUGUUUCUCAGGGCCUUGAGCACAAUAUGCAAGCCUAUCUCCAGGCGACAUCACCAGCCCCCAAAGGGGCCUUUUGAAGAGAACAAGUGUUAAAGAAAGGAUGGGUGUGGGGACAGCUUGAUUGGCUACCAUCCCUUUGUGACACUACCUCUGUGACCUCCUUAUUGAAUUAGUUGAACCCUGUGUGGUGCAUGGUUUCUUUCUAGCUUUGCAGUGAAGCUGGAUGAUCAGAAGGGAAUGGCAGCUGGCCACUCAACCCUCAAAGAACAUCCUUGCUCCGGUGAGCCAGCCAAAACACUCUGAUGCUGUAGAUUAUCUCCCAAGCUCCGAAGAUUGCUGCCAACCAGCCAAUCCUCCUCUUCCGGGAAGUCCGAUUUCCAGCCACUUGUGGGGUGGGAGGGGUAAUCUCUGGUUGGGUUUGGCUAGACUAGUAGCUGGGGGACCUACACUGCAAAAGCAGACUUGCCUGGUGACGACACGACAGCUGGAUUCUUGGACUGCUUGAGUAGACACUGCUAGUGUUGGCCUCUAACUGCAUUUGGUGCUUCUCACUCCCACUGGAAGCCCAAGUGGCUGGGCAUGUAGCUCAGUCUCUAUACGGCUUUGUCCAGCAUGCAUGAAGCCAGAGUUCCAUUCCAGCACCAGGUGUGAGGGCAGUCCAGCUGUUGAAAGUCUGCCUGGGGUAUGUGAGACCCUGUCUCGAAAAGGGUGUUGGAAUCAGACCUUACUAGAAUUGGUGUGUGAUUUUGAGAAAAGUUGUGUACUGUUUUGGAGUCUGUCUGACUUAUUUUCUCUGAGUUCUGAAGAUAAUGCCUUACUUACAGAUUUGGCCAGAAUGACGUACUACUGCUUCUUUCCAUCUCUUGAGUUGAUAAAAAUGAUUGUACUUUUUGAGUUCGUGGAAGAGGCAGUGUGUGCUCUGAACCUUUUAUUGUCACCCCAUACACAGCCUUGACUUUCUUACUCCCAAAGACCUCCAGCCAAAUCCACCCAGGCCCCACAGGACUGAUUCAACCCCACCAGCUGCCUUUAAACCCCCCCCCCCUUCCCCAGGUUCCCAGCCUGAACAGCACAGUUACCAAGGCUUCCCACUGCUAGAAUGUGAUUUCAUCUUUUCCCAUGCUCCCUGGCUCCUAUGCAUGUACACCUUUAGCUUAACUGGUUCCUGAGAGGGGACAUGCCUAACUGCCUUACCUUCAGGAAGUCCCUUCCCGGUUUUAGCUCACUUCCUUUUCCCUGCCCUUAAACCUGCACCUUUUUGUUUCUUUUGCUAAUUUUUGGUUUUCCACACACUGUAAACUCCAUGAUGUCGGAGAUUUGACAGCCCUUAUCCCAGGGCCUUAGUGUGGCGGCCAAGGCACAAAAAAUGGUCGCCCCAGGGCUCGGUUCUUCCAUCCUCAGUGUCUGGCUCAUCAAGGGUGUGUGGCAAGUGAGGCCCAGAACCGAAACCACCAUGAAAAAAAUCCUAACUCCACUUCCCACAGCAGUUCUCAGGCCUUCCGUACCUGAGUCUGAUUGUGCCUGGGUAACGGUCUCCUAGGAGACGGGAAACAGAGGGCGGGGCCCGAGAGGGCUCCUAGGCGGAGGCGCGCACCGGGGCGCUGGGAGCGAUCCUGGCGAGAGGCGCAUGCAGGGCCUCAGCGCAGCGCUUCUCCUGAGCGCGGGGCAGCUGGUGCCUGCAGCCGCCUGGUACCGCCAGGAGCGCGGCUCGGAGUGCAGCUGGCACCGGAGGCCGCAGCCGCCCGAGCUCCGCACCAAUUUCCCUCCCCAGUGGCCCUGGGCAAGCAGCUCCGAGUUUGACCCGCCAGGGAACCAGCAAUGGGCCGGGCCCGCCUCCGCCAGGCCCGAGGGGGCGCGCUGCGGUGGCAGCCUUGGGGAUUGCAACUCAUUGCCUGCGCGCCACUUAAGCAGCGCCCACGAGUUCAUGCCGGGUGCCCAGGACACCGCGAACCCCUACCCUGUCUGCUCCCUGCUCCCCCCGACCCUGGCUGAGCCCCUGCCUGAUGCCCCGCCGCCGCCUGAUGAUUCCCUUAUCCUCUGGCGAGGAUUCUCCAAAGGACCUCACCACAUGGGCCGACUCAGAAACGCCAAAAUCCACGUAGAGAGAGCCGUCAAGCAGAAGAAGAUCUUUAUGAUUCAUGGCCGAUACCCAGUGAUCCGGUGUCUAUUGCGCCAGAGGGGCUGGGUAGAAAAGAAGAUGGUCCAGCCCCAAGGCACCAUCCUGCCGGCACCCCAGAAGGAUCUAGAUAGUUCAGUGAUGGGUGAUAGUGAUGCCACGGAGGAUGAGGAUGAAGAAGAGAGUGAGGAGUUUCCGCAGCCACAGCUGUUGGACUUCGAUAGUUUUCUGGAAUUUGAUGACCUGGAUGGAGUACAUGCUUUGAUGUCCCGCAUGGUUCGGAAUGAGACCCCCUACCUCAUCUGGACCACUCGGCGAGAUGUGCUGGAUUGUCGCUUCCUCUCCAAGGAUCAGAUGAUAAACCAUUAUGCCCGCGCAGGCUCCUUCACUACAAAGGUGGGCCUGUGUCUCAACCUCCGAAAUCUUCCAUGGUUUGACGAGGCUGAUGCUGACUCCUUCUUCCCACGAUGCUAUCGCCUGGGGGCAGAAGAUGACAAGAAAGCCUUCAUAGAGGACUUCUGGCUGACAGCUGCCCGCAACGUUCUCAAGCUGGUGGUGAAGUCAGAAGGGAAGCCACACUUCAUCUCCGUCAAGGCAAGAGAGGAAAAGGUCCUAGAAGGCACACAGCCCAAGAAACAGGAAAAAAAAGCAGUGACUGUGUCCCCAGAGUUUGUGGAUGAUGCUCUGAGUGCAUGCGAGGAGCAUCUUAGCAGCAUGGCCCACAAGGACAUAGACAAGGACCCGGAUGUGCCACUGUACUUCAGCCCUGAGGGCUGGUCCGCCUUCCUGCAGCGCUACUACCAAAUAGUCCAUGAAGGGGCGGAACUGAAACACCUGGAGGCCCAGGUCCAGCGCUGUGAAGACAUCCUACAGCAGCUUCAGGAUGUGGUACCCCAGAUCGACAUGGAGGGGGAUCGAAACAUCUGGAUUGUGAAGCCAGGAGCCAAGUCCCGUGGCCGAGGUAUCGUGUGCAUGGACCACCUGGAAGAGAUGCUGAAGCUGGUAGACUGCAACCCUAUGCUGAUGAAGGAUGGCAAGUGGAUUGUGCAGAAGUACAUUGAGCGGCCCCUGCUCAUCUUCGGCACCAAGUUUGACCUGAGGCAGUGGUUCCUGGUGACUGACUGGAACCCACUCACUGUGUGGUUCUAUCGAGACAGCUACAUCCGCUUCUCCACACAGCCGUUCUCUCUGAAGAACCUGGACAACUCUGUGCACCUAUGUAACAAUUCCAUCCAGAAACACCUGGAGGCCUCCUGUCACCGGCACCCGAUGCUGCCCCCAGACAACAUGUGGUCCAGCCAGAGGUUUCAGGCCCACCUGCAGGAGAUGGGCGCCCCAAAUGCCUGGUCUAAUGUCAUUGUACCUGGCAUGAAGGCUGCUGUGAUCCAUGCCCUGCAGACCUCCCAAGACACUGUGCAGUGCCGGAAGGCCAGCUUUGAGCUCUAUGGGGCCGACUUUGUGUUUGGGGAAGACUUCCGGCCCUGGUUGAUUGAGAUCAAUGCCAGUCCCACCAUGGCACCUUCCACAGCUGUCACCGCCCGCCUGUGUGCUGGUGUGCAAGCAGAUACCCUGCGUGUGGUCAUUGACCGGCGACUGGAUCGUACCUGUGACACGGGAGCCUUUGAGCUCAUCUAUAAGCAGCCUGCUGUGGAGGUACCCCAGUACGUGGGGAUUCGGCUCGUGGUGGAGGGCUCUACCAUCAAGAAGCCCAUGGCAGUGGGUCAUCGGCGGACAGGAGUCCGAUCAUCACUCCCUCAUCUGCUGGCCCAGCAAGGCUCUGGGGAAGGCAAGGACUCAGGAUCUCCUAUCCACAGGUCAGCUUCUAGGAAAGAUGCUGGGUCCAGAAGCCUGGGACACACUGAGAAGCCAGACUCUACUGCCACUACCACAACCACAGUCCCCGGAAAGGGGAAGAAAGCCGAGGUAGCAGGAAGUUUAAGGACGUUGCCCGAGGUUGCACAGCUCAGAAGGGGCAGAGCUGGGAUGCAGACCCAGGUCUGUUGGUCCCCAACCCUGUGUUCUUCCCACUGCCUCUGGAGGAGGAGCCGGGAGGGGCUCCAUCUACCCUCAUCUCCUACCCCCACCUCUGCACAUACCCUGUGGAACAAUUGGUCAGCCUGGGGCCUUACAGAUCCUCACAGCCUCCCUUCUCCCACAGCCCCUUCCUACUUCCCUAGUCUCCAUCCCAAGGCCUGGCUGCCUUCUUCCCGUGUGCUCCGACCCCAGGGCCAGGUCCUCAGACUGCAGCAUGGCCAACUGGUGGGCUCUAAGGCUCUGUCAACCACAGGCAAGGCCUUGAUGACUCUACCUACUGCCAAGGUUCUGAUGUCCUUCCCAGCUCACCCUGAUCUCAAGCUGGCACCCAGCAUGCUGAAGUCAGGAAAGGUGGGCCUCGAGCUGUGCCUCACACCCUGGCGGGUAGUGCUGAGCAGUGGGAUCGGGGCCGAAGGGCACAGACAGAGGGCAGCGCCAAGACCAUGCAGCGCCCCAGGGAAGGGCUUGUCUUCUCCAGAAACCUGUUCCAAGACAGAGGCCUGAUCAUCUCUCUCUCCCUCCCUCCUUACACCGAGGCUGCUAUUCCCUUGCAUCUUCGAGGCCCCCACUUUGGAAGUGCCUUGUGUCCUCUGCCCUUUGAAGUUGGACCUCUUCCUAGCACCCACAGGAAAGUCACGGCCAAAGGCAACUUCAAGGCCAGACUCUGCGACAAACCCAGGG